AUGAGCAGCCAUAAGAUCAACAGCAACAGCGGCACGAGCACCCCACCGCGAGGACGACACUCAGGCUCUACACCAAACAUCACCGUCCGGCCGCUGUCGGUCUCGCCACCACCAAUACGACGAGCCGACGGCGGCCGCGGCAAAGGAUCGGACGCACAAGGGGGAGAGGGAGAUCAAGAUGGUGAUGUCACCGUCAAGGUUGUUGAGGUUUCGGUGACUAGCAAGGUCGCCGUGUACCAUAUUCAAGUUGAGACAACGCAUCCAUAUUAUGCACGCCCCAAAUUCACUUGCACCCGACUGUCCGUGGAGAUCGAUCGGCUCUAUGCCUACCUCACCAACACCUACCCACAAUACAUCCCUCACAUCCCGCCGCCAUCGUCACUAUUAUGGAUGGAGUACGACGAUUACAAGUGGGCGGUCGACGAGAGAGAGAAGAUAAGAACGAGGAUGACGGAGUUUUUGCAGGGCUGUUUGGAUGUCGGCUGCAUGAGGGCGGAUGAUACUGUGAGAUUGUUCUUGGAAAGUGAUUUUGAGUUUGUCUCCCCAAAUACCAACACAAACAAAAAACCGACAACUUCCUCGUCAUCCUCACGCAGCCUCCGUCCAUUCGGUGGCGGCGCGGUGAAGGAAGUCGACGUGUUCUUCGACAACGCUAAGGCCGCUGUCAGCGGAAUGGAGGCGGCGCUGGCGGCCGUGGCGCGCACUGUCGAAAGGACGGGGCGAAAUGGGAAGGAUCUGAGCAAGGCGUCCGGAGAGAUCGGAACGCAGCUGACGGCCGCUGCAUCUUCAAAUGAGGACAGGGCGCUCGCCAGAGCAUUCAAAUGCGUCGGCAAAGCUUUCCUCGUCCACGAGAGACUCCAAUCCGAUCACAUUCGAUCCGCUCACGAUUCUUUCAUCGCAUUUCCGCAACAGGCGACCCUCCUCCUCCAUCCGCAGACAGACGAAUGGAAGCGGCUCACGCAGCAGACCAGUCAAGCGCAGCAGGCUUUGCAACAUCGUCUUGACAUCUUACAGGACUAUGAGAACGCAUGUAAAGCAACGCAAAAGAAGUUGGUAGCCAUGGACAGGUUACGAGGCGCGAGUAAGAUUGCGCAGGAGAAGGUUGAUGUUUCUUUGAAGGACCUGACAGUGACGAAGCAAGUCGAGCAAGAAAUUCGUACACAGCUGCGAUCAACCACCGACACACUAAAAGCUCGAUUCCCCGCCUACGCCCAGCAGCAGGACCGCGAGAUUGCGAUGAGAGUGGACGAACAUGUCGCUCACCAAAAGAGAGCCGCCAAGAAGGUCCUGGAUCUUUGGAAAGGCGCCCUAGCGGACUUGGGUGGUUCGGCGGGGACACCGCUGGGUGGGUCGUCGGGAAACCUGGGGUCACCGUUGGUGAAGUGA